CGAUGUCGACGGCGGCGGCGAAGCGGCCGUCGAAGGACAGGCACACGAAGGUGGAGGGGCGCGGGCGGCGAAUCCGCAUGCCGGCGACGUGCGCGGCGAGGAUCUUCCAGCUGACGCGCGAGCUGGGACACAAGUCCGACGGAGAAACAAUCCGGUGGCUCCUGGAGCACGCUGAGCCCGCAAUCAUCGAGGCCACCGGCACCGGCACCAUCCCGGCGAUCGCGGUGUCGGUCGGCGGCGCUCUGAAGAUUCCGACGUCCUCGGCGGCGAGGCCCGAGGGAGAAGACACGCCGAGGAAGCGAAGGAGGAGAGCGUCGAACAGCGAAUUCAUCGACGUGAACGAAAGCCAGGUGUCGGUGUCUUCAGGGCUGGCACCGAUCGCGCAAACCGCGUACGGCGGUGGCAGCGGUGGUGGUGGACUCGUUCCGGUGUGGCACGGGUCGAACGCUUCGGGGCCUUUCUUCAUGUUCCCUAACAGUUCGAACCCGCCUCAGUAUUGGGCCAUUCCCGCAAGCGCGACCCCGUUUUUCAACGUCCAAGCCCGGCCCAUUUCGGGUUUCGUUUCGGCCAUGCAGAUUCAACAUGAUAAUAACCACUCCUCGGAUUCUGCUAACUCUUCCUCCACCGUGGCUCAUACUAUGAGCUCAGUAAGUGUUACUAGUGCAGCUUCUGCUUCUACUUCCACUUCUGGCUCCUCUUCUUCCGCUGCAACAACCACCCAAAUGCUCAGGGAUUUCUCUUUGGAAAUUUAUGACAAGAAAGAGCUUCAGUUUUUGGGUCAACCGCCACCCUCUUCAAAGGAAUAAAUAAAUCAAAUUGUUUACCACUAGUAGUAGACAUUUAAACAAUUUUUCUUUUUGUCAAUUUGGGCUUUGUUUAAUUUUGGUUAAUGGUUAGGACUUAGGACUUAGGAUUUGGGAACAAAUUUUGUUAUUUUAAAUCUUAAAAGGCUGUUUAUUGUUUUUUUAA